GCGCGUGUUCACUGUUGCUUUGGUAUGGUAUCUGUGGUUUUGGUGUAGGCCACGUUGGUUGUUUGCAGUUUGCACCACGACGACAGAGAACGUUACAAAACGCCUCAUGGAACUGGAACUAAACAGAGUCGACUACUUGCAGGUUGACGUCAAUUCUCGAAAAUGUACCCGACUUCUACCAGCCGCAGAACCCAAAGCCUGCCAGAAGGUGGUUGUCGCAAAUGAGGCUGGCGUAGUACACUGCUUUGGCAUCAAAAAGGGUGAAGUUCAGACCAUAUUCAAGACGCUCCCCGGAGCCAAAGUAACGCGCAUUCAACUCGGCGGUUCCAUCGGUUCCGUACAAGAUAAAAUUUUCGUUUCUGCUGGCAGUGAAGUGUACGGAGUGACCAAGAAAGGAAAACAGUUUCUGCGGUUUGACACCAACAUUACAGACACCAUCACAUCUAUGUGUGUUUGUGGAAACAACCUGAUGGUGUGCAGUGACUAUGUGUACAACCAUUACCUUGAUUGCCAAGACACUAACUACUACCUGUGCAGCGACAAGAUCAAUGACAUGAUUGUACUACCUUUGACGAAGGUGAAAAGCCUAAUUCCUGUACUGGCUUGUCAGGAUAGAGUCGUGAGAGUGCUCAAGGACUCCAAGUGCCAGCUGGAAAUUGAAGUUCCAGGGCCUGCAUCAGCAUUGGCAUUGUAUCAGAAUGAUGGUGGUGCGUCGGGUACAGAAAUACUUUACGGUACAAGCGACGGACAGCUAGGACUCAUCUCGAUUGAGAACAUGAAAGUAACCAAGGUGUGGGAGCUUGAAAACACUGAGCAGCAAGGUGGAAUUACAUGCAUGGAUAGCUACGAUAUUAUGGGAGACGGUGUGAAGGACCUUAUAGUCGGCCGAAAUGACGGCGAGGUUCAAGUGUACAUCUGCAAUGACACCGAGAUGCCCGUGCUACGAUUUUCAUACAACUGUGGAGAGAGCAUCACUUCGGUUCAAGGAGGUGUCGUUGGGAAUGCAGGAUACGAUGAAAUACUCGUUACCACGUAUAGCGGGAAGGUGUUUGGUCUUUCCUCUGAGAAUCUCGAAAAACGAUUGGAUCCAAACUACCUGCUUAUCUCUCCCGAAGCGGCGCAGAAAAUUUUUAAGUUAAGAGAAGAGGUUGAAGAAUUGGAACAGAAAGUAGCUCGUGAGAGGGAGAACUACCAGCAGUCGACCUACUCUGAGAAAGGAACACUCUCUGCUGUUCCUUACUUCAACAUCAAUGAUUCCUUUGUGCUGAACCAUAAUGAUGCCUCCUACACAUUGUCCAUUGAAGUGCAGACAGCAAUUGAUGUUGUGAUGCUCCAGAGUAAUGUACCUGUUGACCUUCUGGAGAGUGAGAAAAAUUCUGCGGUUGUAAGUUACAGCCCGUGUGACCCUGAGAAUGGCAACUACCUGCUUGUUACGUACCGUUGUCAAGCAAAUACCUCCCGUUUGGAAGUAAAAGUCCGAUCCAUAGAAGGGCAGUUCGGAUCUCUCAAGGCAUACAUCACUCCCCGGUUGCAGCCCAAGUGCUGCCAAGUGCGAGAUUACAGAAUCAAACCCCUUUCGCUUCACAGAAGGACGCACACAGCAGAUGACAGCGUGCCCCUGAAUGUCCUGAAGCUGAAUGGUUCAUUCAGCCUUGGUGAAAUGCACUCUUGGAUUGUGCUUAGCUUACCUGAGGUAGCUGAAAAAACAGUAACGGAAGAUUCUGUGUCCGUAUACUUUGUUUCUGCAUUCCUGGGCACAGUGCUGCACUGCUAUUACAGGAAAGGAGAGGCCGUUUUCAAGUCUGACAACAUCUCAACGAUUUCAAUCCUGAAAGAUGUGCUUACUAAAGAAGCAACAAGGAAAAAGAUUAGCCUGGAUAUUUCAUGUGAUAUCAAUGAUGACAGCAUUGAGCAUGUCCUGAAAUUGAUUCACCCUAAACUGGAGUACCAACUUAUCCUUGCCAAGAAAGUGCAGUUGAUUGAUGCUCUCAAAGAGCUCUCAGUUCAUGAGGGAAACACAGAUUUUUUGGCUCCAGAAUAUAAGGGUAUAUUAGAAGAUGCCGAACAACUGCAGAAAGAAUUCAAACGCCAGCCAUGCCACUUAGAACGACUAUAUGGAAUGAUCACUGACCUGUACAUAGAUGUUUACAAGUUCAAGGGGGUAAGCGUGAAGAGCAAAGUGCCACAGCUUCUUCAAAUUCUUGACAACUAUGAUCCUGAUUCUCUGAUUGAGUUUUUCCAGAGCAAAGUAUAGCACACAAAUUUCCUGUGCACGUGCUUCUUUUGCGUGGAACUAUUCCUCGUGUCUUUCAAAUGCACCAAGUGUGCUGGUAGCUUUAGUGUACUGCUGCAAAUCCUUCUCACAGUACAAAAGUAGUGAGACACAAAAUGCUCAAUAGAGGUUUACUAAGAAAUGUGUUCACACACGUUUGCAACUGCAUAUAAACCUGCAGAUUUAUUUGGAGCUUCACAUGGCUUUGCCAUGCAGUCUGGAUACUAAAAGGGAGCAAUUCAGUCUUCUGAUACGACUCUCGGAGUGCCACCCGGGUUCUGAAGUGACACGAGCUUAAAACCGAAAAGGGCAUCCGACAUCGUUCACAAAUUGAAUUUGCUGCAAAUCACCUUUUGAGGCAGUUCUGCACAAAAGUGCAAAAAUAUUUUCAUGCCAAAAAGAGGACUUUUACUUUACUCUUUCUGUGCAUUGAUUGUGUCUGUGGCCGCAGUUUCCAUGUUCCAGCUUUUCUAAAAGUAUUUGCAAAACAUAAUGACGCGAACAUUAAAAGUCUGCUUCUCAUGAAACUCUCUCCAAGCUUAGUCAUUCUACUGAACUGCAGUUUGCUUAGCGUUAGGAAGCAUUAACAAUGGAAAUUUUGGCGGGUUGGUGACACAUGAUUGAACAACUGAAGUGUGUGUACAGGUGACAGACAUGAAAGAGAGUGCAAUAAGAAAAGAGUGGAAUGCCCAGAUGUUGCGUGGUGAAACUGUACUUGAUGUAACUAACCUGAGGUUUCAGGUGAUUACUGCUUAGCCAACAUGAAUCCCAUGUCCAUGUAACUCAUGCGGUGCUGGUACCUUCGUUGUUCCAAACACAUUUUUUAUUGCAGGUUUUUUUUUUGCUACGACAUUCAAGAUUUUGUCUGUUGAUAAGCUUUUCUGAGCUUUUCUUUCCCAAAGUACCCCGGGUACCUAUGAGACGCUAGCACUAUUUUGCGUGUGACACUACAGAUCAUUGUAUCAGCUCACCUCUGUCUUCGUGACUGUGAGACAGCAAACUUUUCAUGCACGUGUGUUCAUCCUAAAGGGACUGUCUCCCUUGAAUUUUCUUGACUUGGACGUUGAACUUGAUGGACCAGACAUUCUGUAGGUAUGAAACACACGCCUACCAAAUUAAUAAGAGCUGCAACUUCCCACUUGACGUGCUUCGAACAUUGUUAUCUCCAGGGACGGCACAACGUCCUGAAUUCAGGGGGACCCCAGAUACCAACCGGCGCCCCCUUCCGUCCCCCACCGCCAUUCGUCAUGAGUUCUAGCGCAUCAAUCGACAAAAGCCUUGACUAUGCUGGCAAUAGGCGAUUUCAGAUAUUGCCCUUGUGCUCCGCACGGGGGCCCACCGUCGCCGAAGUCACGCGCAUCGCGCAAUGCGUCGUGGGAAAUGGUUUACAUUCCUGCUCGUCUGCCUGUUGCUCCAAGGUGCGGGAGGUGAAGGAGAGAGAAAACUGAAACCGUUUGCGCUCUUCUUCUCUCUGACUCAUGAAAACUAUAUCCCAAGGUGCAGCGGGGCUUUCGUAACACGGCGCUCUCUGGUGGCCCAUCCAUGCAAUUUCUGAAAUCGUCUAUUGAUCAGUUGAGGAAACGGGUCUAUGGCAUUUUAUUCGCAUGUGGCACCCGAGAUAACACUUGGUGUCUCACCUCCAUGGCAAUUUUGUGCCCCCUUCCAAAAUUAGGGGAUCUACAGU